AUGAAUUUCUUUGUCGAUUUGGGAGAAAGACAAUUUAAUCCCGUCAUAAUCUUUUUAGGUGAUUAUUACGUUCUCAAUGGUAACAAAUUCUGGAUUACGAAUGGGCCUGACGCCGAUGUACUCGUUGUCUACGCUAAAACGAAUCCGUCAACCGACAAGCCACAACAUGGCAUUUCGGCAUUCCUUAUUGAGAAAGGCAUGGAAGGCUUUUCUACUGCUCAAAAGCUUGAUAAAAUGGGUAUGCGCGGUUCGAAUACAUGCGAACUCUUAUUCGAAGAUUGUAAAGUUCCAGCAAAAAAUUUGAUGGGAAAAGAAAAUCGUGGCGUCUAUGUAUUGAUGAGCGGCUUAGACUUCGAACGUCUUGUACUUGCAGCGGGUCCAGUUGGUUUAAUGCAAGCAUGUUGCGACACUGCAUUUGAAUAUGCUCACGUUCGCAAACAAUUCGGUAGUCCAAUCGGUUGCUAUCAGUUAAUACAAGGCAAAAUCGCUGAUAUGUACACGACAUUAAAUGCUUGCCGUUCGUAUUUAUAUACAACAGCGAGAGCUGUUGAUAAAAACAUCGUUAGUAAAAAGGACUGUGCCGGUGUUAUUUUGUACUGUGCAGAGAAAGCAACUCAACUGUGUCUUGAUGGCAUUCAAAUUCUCGGCGGCAAUGGAUAUAUUAACGAUUAUCCAACAAGUCGUCUUUUACGUGACGCGAAACUAUAUGAAAUUGGUGCGGGAACGAGUGAAGUUCGUCGACUUUUGAUCGGUCUCUUGAUUUUGAGUAUUUAUGGACAACCUAGUCCACGACUAAACUCAGUUUCCUCGCCGAGCACCAAAAGCCUUGGACUGUUUGGCGAACUCCAACGAAUAAUCGAUCAAUCUAAUCAAGAGUCGUUGAUGACCGGUGAUACGGACCUUUCCGACGGACGCCAAGAUGAACUCACAUUCAUCUCAUGCGAUCGUAUUCGUCCGAAUGUGAAAAAUGCCUAUCUGCCAGAUAAAACCAAAUACUUCAUUUGUCGAAAAGAUCAAACUCCCGAAAUUUACACAUGUCCAAAUGGCGGAGUAUUCGAUAACACGGAAAAGGCUUGUUUAGACCUUUGCCAACAAAAUAAUCCAUGUUUAAAUCAAGGACAAUGUAUCAUUUCACCUGAUCUACAACUAGGAUGUGUUUGCCGGCGAGAUUGGACCGGCGAACGAUGCGAAAUUCCAAAGAGCUCAUGUGCUUUGAAUCCUUGUGGUGCUAGCAAUGAAUGCCGUAUGCUCAAAGCAGUGGAUUAUACUCAAGAUUAUGUUUGCAUUUGCGACAAACAUCAAAGCUACGGACGAAACUGUCAACGAACUGUGCCAAAUCCAUGUUUGAGUAACUCACAACAAUUCCAUCCAUUCGCUUUCAGUCGCCAUGCUUUUAUCAAUUGCGAUGAUGACCUAGUCUUCUUCCAGCCAUGCAAUGCUCAUCUCUAUUGGAAUCAAGAAGAGAAACGUUGUGAUCGAGCAUUGCCAGAUAUUUUACGAUUACCGUUUCUGAACUUAAAAGCAAAAGAGAAACAAGAUAGAGACAAUUUUCAAACUGAUCGUCAACCAGCUUUCCCACAGCGAAAACAAGGAAACGGUGAAAUCCAAGGUGAGUUCGUAGUUAUUACGGUUGAAAGACCAGCUAUCGAAACUAUUCAAUGGCAAACAAUUGAUCCAUCAACAAUGAGAAAAGUACCGGGAGCUGUGCCAAAACUAGUUGCUAAACCCUUUAUUUUUAAAACAUCAAAUUUUCAAACACAAACACAAAUGGGACCAAGUAAAUCAUUUACUGCCACAACAACUACACCACCAACAAUGACAACAAGAAUCUUUCAAUUAGAAGGUUUCGGUAAUAGAAAUACCGGAGAGCAACAAAUGAACGGAAAAGUUAUGAUGGGUCAACAAGCACCAUCAAGUUUGAUGAGCGCAGCAAUUUUUCAGCCAGCCACCACUACACCAAAACCAGUCGUUCAGACUUUACUCGGAUGGAAGAGUAGUCCCCAAGACUCCGCGGACCAAAUGACGGAUACCAAAGAUUUCCAAACACGUUCAACAUUUCAACUCGGAUCGUGGAAAUCAUAG